UCUUGCAGUCAUUGACAGUCUUAGAUUAAACAAUGACGUUUUACACUUUUCUUCUGCUGUGCGCUCUGGGCCUCACUGCAGUCCUUCAGGUGCCUGGCACCUUGGGGCAGGUGACCACUACGACUGAGAAGAAUGAGAUUGUGAACAAGCACAAUACUCUGAGGGGGAAUGUUCAGCCUACUGCGAGCAACAUGUUGAAGAUGAACUGGAACAAUGAGUCUGAAGCCACUGCUCAGAGAUGGGCUAACACCUGCUCCAUGAAGCAUAGUCUUGCCAGCGACAGAGUGAUCAGCACCAGCGGCUGUGGGGAAAAUCUGUACAUGUCCAGCUUUCAGAACACCUGGAGCAACGCAAUCCAGUCCUGGUAUGACGAGGUGAAGGACUUCAGCUAUGGAGUGGGAUCUAUCAAUGGAGGAGUGGUGGGACACUACACACAGGUUGUUUGGUACAGGUCUAAUCAGAUCGGCUGUGCUAUGGCCUACUGUCCCAACUCUGCUUACAAGUACUUCUACGUCUGCCAUUACUGCCCACCUGGAAACUACCAGUUAACCCAACCCUACAAGAAAGGACCCUCCUGCGGUGACUGUCCCAACGCCUGUGAAAACAACCUGUGCACCAACCCCUGUCCCUUCUCUGAUAAGUACAGUAACUGUCCCCAGCUGAAGCAGCAGUGGGGCUGCAACAACCCAAAUGUUGCCUCUUGGUGCCCCGCCUCCUGUAAAUGCACCAAUCAGAUUAUCUAAAUGCCCCAUGUCCAAAUGUGUACUGAUUGGUCAGCUUCAAUAAAGAUA